AUGGGGAGGGCAGCCCCAGCCCUCCUGGUACUGCUCAGCCUAAGAGUGACUAUUUGUGAUGCUGAGGACACCUGCUCAGACUGUCUUAAUUUCUCAGAGGUGAGAAUAGUGGGACUGGGUGAUGCUGACAGACUCGCCAUUCUUCAAGGAUGUCCAGGGAUCCCAGGUGUCUCUGGCCCAAAAGGWGAACCAGGUCUCCCAGGAACAAAAGGAGAAAUGGGAGACCAGGGAUUCCCUGGGAAAGCAGGGCCACCUGGUGCAAAAGGAGCAGCCGGAGAGCCCGGCCUCCCAGGACUGAAAGGAGCAAAAGGAGAGCCUGGAUAUCCAGAAAUAUGGGAACCCAGGAACUGCCAAGAACUCUUGGCCAAAGGGAAGAUUUUGAGUGGCUGGUACACCAUCUACCCCCAAGGCUGCAAUGCCACCACUGUCUUCUGUGACAUGGACAUGGAUGGUGGGGGAUGGAUUGGUCUCUUUCAGGUUUUUCAGAGGCGCUGGGAUGGGUCAGUGAACUUCUUGCGAGAUUGGGAUUCAUACARACGAGGCUUUGGCAACCAGCUGACUGAGUUCUGGAUGGGGAAUGACAACAUCCACUUGCUCACCUCUCUGGGACCCUGCGAACUCCGCAUUGACCUGAGAGACUUUGAGAACAACUACUAUUUUGCCAAGUAUGCCUCRUUCAGAGUUUUAGGGGAGUCAGAGAAAUACAGACUAGUUCUAGGAGACUUCCUUGGUGGAAAUGCUGGAGACUCYUUAUCGUACCAUAGGGACAUGCCAUUUUCAACAACAGAUCAGGACAAUGACAUGAGCUCCUUUAACUGUGCCACAGAAUACAAGGGAGCAUGGUGGUACAAUGACUGCCAUUACUCCAACCUGAAUGGGAUAUACUGGAUGGGCAUGCACAGGAGCUACGCUGAUGGCAUCAAYUGGAAGACAGGCAAAGAAUACCACUACUCCUAUAAGCGAACAGAAAUGAAAUUCAGGCCAGUUUAACAUGGUGAGAGGGUGCCUGACUAGCUCCAAGAGGUGCCACUCACCAACCAAAAGAAGACACAGAACAUGAUGUCUGAGGACAAAAAUGGACCAGAAAGGAUAUUACAGGUUGUGCCUUCUUGCCCACAGCAGGAUUUUUGAAGAUGGAAGAUAUCAGUGCUGGUUUGAGCUCCUGUAAACUSUCACCCUGACUCUCACUCUCACUGACUACCUCCAGCAGCCCCACUAAUGCUGACUGAGCCCAAGCAUAUUUUUCUGAAAACUGCCRGUUGGAGGUCAG